AUGUUGAUUUCAGUUCGACUACGCGCUGAAGUACAUCUAUGUGCUAAACAAUCUGUGCGUGAAAGUGGGCGAUUCGAAAAGGAUCAUCGACGCAAUGCACAAGACUUGCUCAACGAUUGGUCGACAGUACCUAUGAACGUAUCGCUUCCUAUCGCUCGCCCACUUGACAUGAGUGGCUUGAAUAAAUUUGAAGUUCAAAGGAUUUGA